UAAAAAUGUCAAGACCUCUUCUCUGCCAAUUCGAAAAAGACUGCAAACAAUCUCCCCAAAGCAUCCACAUAACCACUAACAAGCUCACUUGCGAAUACCAUCGUACUAAUUCAAGAGAGUCUGAGCAAGAUUUCAUACCUUUGAUUUCUUCUGACUCUCUUGACGAUAAAUUUAAAGAAACUGAGUCAGCCAUAAAAGUAUUAGAAGAAAUGCUGAAUAAGGUUGAUUUCGGAGAUCUUACAAAUACUAUAAAAAGGAGUAUAGAACAGUUUAAAAAGAAACUCAAAAAAGCAGCAGACAAUUACUUUGAUGUAUUGCUGCACAAAUAAAUAUGCUAAGCUCAUAUCAAUAAAGAGCGAUCUUGAUCAAAUCAAAACCUUAAUGACAAAUAAAGGUUUUUGGAGUACUCUUACAGACGAAUUUUUCUGGUAUCAGAUACAUUCCCCUCACCCCCAGAAUCCAAAUGAAGAAUCAAAGGCUCCUCCUUUCAUACCAGAAUCACAAGAACCCUCAACCACCUCAAGUCGAGCAUCCACUUUUUCAAGAGAGGAAGAAGGUCCUAAUCGCCAAAUUCUUAGCCCCAGAAACAAUGAAAUCCCUGCUGCAAUGUCUCUCACCACCAUCUCCCAAGCAGACUCCCACAACGAAGAGACCAAAGAAGAAACUAAGAAUGAAGAUAAUGAACCUCCUCUUCCUGAAAUGGAUAGACCUAAUACACAGAUAUUUGGAGAACAGAGAAUCAGAAACACGACGAUAACAACCAAUCAAAAUAGAAACAGGGCUGGAACUGAGAUGAGAAAGAAUUUAACUGCAGUAGAGAGUAGUGUAUAUAAUACUGAAGACAUUGUUCAAUUAGCAAAUGAAUCCGAAGAGAAAAGCAUGAUUAUAAAAGCUUUUAAGAUACAGGAAAAGCUUCUAAAUAUCAAAGCACCCAUCACGCACCUCGAGUACGACCAAAUCUACGAAGACACCCUAAUCGGCUCCACUUCAGACUUCUCCAGGACCAAAAGCCUCGCUUUCAACUUCGAGGAUGCUAAUGACCAGGCUGUCAUAGAGAGUAUCCGCUCCAAAGUUCUUCCUGAAUGCAAAGAUCUUAGGCUAACCAACCAUACUCUUAAGAACAAGUGGUUUGUGUCCUUCAUCAAAACAUCGUUUCCGGUUAUCGUCAAUAACCUGACCUUCAACGAAAACUCUGAGAAUCUUACAUUAUUAGAUGAUUAUCUUUCAGCGUUAACUCUUGUUAGCAAAAGAGUAAAGGAUAGUAUUGAUGUUUACAACUGCCUCAUCAAAGACGCUAGCAUGAAAGUCUUCCUCUCUAUAAACUGCUACAAACAAAAAAUCGGUUUCUUCGACUGCGCAAUAGACAUCCAAAACCCCUCAGAUUUCUCAUACGCUCUCGAAUGCAGCCAGAUCAAAGAACUCUACCUUAAUUACUGUGGGAAUAAGAGGAAUUCUGACUGGGGGACCCAUCCUGACAGAUUUAUAGCUCUAGUGAAAGGGCUUUCUACUGCACCAGAUUUUGUGAAGAGUCUGGAGGUUAUUUGGAUUUAUGAUAGCGGCAUGGAAGAGAGAGAAGUGAGAGAAGUAUUGGAUAGGUAUGGGUUUCAGAAUGUGAGGAUAUUGGUUCAUAGUCCGUAGAUUUUUGGUAAUGGUGAAUCAGUGUU